GCCUCCUCCUCCCUCUGUCUGAGCGUUUCUCACAGAAUAAUGGAGUCACAUCAUGCAGCAGGUCUGAGUGUUUUCAGCACAGAUUUCCUGCUGGAGCGCAUUUAGACCGGGGAUCUGAAAUCAACUGUAAAGUUUACUUUUUUUUAUCCACAGCACAAGGACUCCUUACAUAAGUUUUUCUGCGUCAUUGCUUUUCAUGACGUCUGACUUUUUCUGUGUUUUGAUGUUUAUAUGAGGGGGGAUCAACGGUGCCCACCAAGGUUUUUCCAACAUAAAUCAACUUUUUCUUCCUACGUUUCAGUGCAGGCUGCCCUCUUGUUUACACAUAACGCGGAAUGAGAGGACCUCAUUGGUGUUUUUUUAAAAGCUGUAAGUAGAGUUUCUGGAAGUGGGUAUGGGCCAGUUUUUUGCUCCAGAGAGGGGUCUUUGGGAGGUGAGAGCCUGCGAGCCGUUCCUCUUCAGAUGAAGUGAGCAGCCAGGUUUUUGUUGGAGGAUUUGCGAAAUGGGCUGAGCUCCUGUGAUGAGUCUUUUCUCCUGAAAGCUGCUCAAUCAUCCGAGGAUGGACGACGGAAAACAAAGACGGAUAAAACUAAACUGAAUGGUUUGACUGUAAUUUAAUAUCUUCAACACUGGCACGAGACAUCACCGAAGCUAUUGAGCGUAUACGAGAUUGGGAUUUAAGCGUCUGCCAAACCUACAGUCACUAUAUUUGAGGUUUUUACAGUAGGGGUUUGGUUGUAGUGUGAUAUUUUUUGGCUUCGGAUCUGUUGAUUUAUUUCAGAUAAAAUAAUGUAAGUGUAUAAAAUAAUGCAUCUGGUGUUAAAUUAAGAGGCAGAAUGUAUGAAAACUUAUACAAUUAAGUUAAAAUAAGUAAACCUGUGUGUCUCCUAUUCCACAGAAAGUGAUUUUAUCUUUGGCUUUAUUUUACUAUGAUCGUUUUUGAGGCAUUGGUUCCAGUUUAAACCACUUUGCCCACAUAUCUUUUCACCCCUGGUUUUUGGGACUCGUUUUAGUGACAUUAGUGUCCCCCAGUGACCUCCACAGUGACCUCCACUGUCUCAACUCCAUCUCCCCCCCGGACAAUGUGGCUGCUCCGCCUCGCGCUGUUGCUGCUGCUGCUCCGGUUCUCCGGUGUUUUGCUCGUGGAGGGCUUCAACACGUGCCACUCCAUCAACCUGGACGCACAGAAGUCGCGGCGCAUCGAGGCGGUGCGCGGGCAGAUCCUCAGCAAGCUGCGCAUCCGCAACCCACCGGACAAGGACGACGAGGACCAUCCCUCCGGGUCCGUUCCCCCAGAGGUCGUGCUGCUCUACAAUAGCACGCGGGAGCUGCUGAAGGAGCGUGCGCGGCUGGCCGAAUCCGCGUGCGACCGCGAGAGCAGCGAGGAGGAUUAUUACGCCAAAGAAGUUCAGAGGAUCGACAUGCUGCCCCCCCGCACCAACACAAACACAGUUCAGCCAUCAGCCCCCAACCCACAUUACAGAGAGGUCCACUUUGACGUCAGUGGAGUGGAUCUGACCAACAGCUCGCUGACGAAGGCCGAGUUCAGGAUCUUCAGAGCUCCCAACCCGCAGGCCGGGGCCUCGGAGCAGAGAGUGGAGAUCUACCAGCUGUUGAAGGCAGACGAGGAGACCACCUCCACUCAGCGUUAUAUCGACUCCCGCACCGUUCAGCCGAAGGCGAAGGGAGCCUGGAUGUCCGUGGACGUCACCGAAACCAUCAAGGACUGGAUUUCAGAUCCAGAGAAUAAUCUCGGCCUGAAGUUGGGCGUCCACUGUCCCUGCUGCACCUUCGUGCCGUCCACCAACAACAUCGUGCCCAACAAGAGUGAGGAGCUGGAGGCUCUGUUUGCAGGUGUGGAUGACGAGCUGCUCCGUCAGAUGAGAAAGCCUGGUAAGGUCAAAGGUCAGGCAGACUUCAGCACCAAGACGCCACACCUCAUCCUCACCAUGCUGCCCAGCGACAGAGUGGACAACCUGCCCAAGAAGAACCGCAAGAAGAGGGCGGCCGCCGUAGAAACCACCACCUGCUCCCGUGGCUCUGAGCAGGGCUGCUGUCUGCGCUCGCUCUACAUCGACUUCAGGCGGGACCUCAACUGGAAGUGGAUCCACGAGCCCAAAGGCUACAAAGCCAACUUCUGCGCCGGCAACUGUCCUUACAUCUGGAGCGCCAACAACCACUAUAACAUG